AUGUGCUCCGCUGACAUUUUCCUCGGCGUCCUCGCCAUUCUCUUCCCUCCUCUGCCCGUCUGGGUCAAGCGCGGCAUCUGCAGUGCCGACUCGCUCAUCAACAUCCUCCUCUGCCUGCUGGGCUUCAUCCCCGGGAUGCUGCACGCCUGGUACAUCAUCGCAAAGUUCCCCGAACCGCCCUACGAGUACGAGGUGCUGAACCAGGGUGGCGAGGGCGGCUGCGGCCGCGUUCACUACGUCUAUGUCCAGCCGCCGGGAGGCCAGCACCAGCCGCAGCAGCAGCGGCCUCAUGGCGGCAUGAACUAUGGCGGCACCGGCCAGCACCACAGCAAUGCAUCGCAGCACCAGCAUCAGCACCAGCAUCAGCACCAGCAGCAGCACGGCGUAUCGACGAACAAUAAUGGCGCGGGACGCUCUGACGACCAGGUCCCUCCGUCUUAUGCAGCGGUUGUCGCGGGUGAUAACAAGGUUCAGUCGCACGAUUAG